CCCAAUCCCACAAAUAUUCUGCUUUUUUCUUCGACUAUACAUCAGCCCCUCCCCCAUCUCUCUCCUCACUUUUGUGUUUCCUCAACUCCGCGGCGUAGAUCCGAGGAGUUUUGGAGAGAAAAUCAGAACCAGCCACCACAAUCGAAGAAAACCCUAAUCCUAAAACUCUCUACGCAUCUUCAGAUCUUCAUUCCAUCUUCACUGCUAUCAAUCAUGGCUGGCUUGGCUCCUGAGGGUUCUCAAUUUGAUGCUCGACAGUAUGAUGCAAAAAUGACUGAAUUGCUGGACACUGAUGGACAGGAAUUUUUCACAUCCUAUGAUGAGGUUUACGAAAGCUUUGACUCCAUGGGCUUGCAAGAAAACCUUCUUAGGGGAAUCUAUGCUUAUGGUUUUGAGAAGCCUUCUGCAAUUCAACAAAGAGGGAUUGUUCCCUUCUGUAAGGGUCUUGAUGUUAUUCAACAGGCUCAAUCUGGAACAGGAAAGACAGCUACUUUCUGUUCUGGGAUUCUUCAACAGCUUGAUUACAGCUUAGUUGAAUGCCAGGCUUUGGUUCUUGCACCAACACGUGAGCUUGCUCAACAAAUUGAGAAGGUUAUGCGUGCACUUGGUGAUUAUCUUGGUGUUAAGGUCCAUGCUUGUGUUGGAGGUACCAGUGUUCGUGAAGAUCAACGGAUUCUUCAAAGUGGUGUUCAUGUUGUGGUUGGAACUCCAGGACGUGUCUUUGACAUGUUGCGCAGGCAGUCUCUUCGCCCUGACCAUAUCAAGAUGUUUGUGUUGGAUGAAGCUGAUGAAAUGCUCUCCAGAGGAUUCAAGGAUCAGAUCUAUGAUAUUUUCCAGUUGUUACCACCAAAGAUACAGGUUGGUGUUUUCUCUGCUACUAUGCCACCUGAGGCUCUUGAAAUCACCCGAAAGUUUAUGAACAAGCCUGUUAGGAUUCUUGUGAAACGUGAUGAGCUCACUCUGGAAGGUAUCAAGCAGUUCUAUGUCAAUGUCGACAAAGAGGAGUGGAAGCUCGAUACACUUUGUGAUCUUUAUGAGACACUGGCCAUCACCCAGAGUGUCAUCUUUGUUAACACCAGGCGAAAGGUUGAUUGGCUCACCGACAAAAUGCGUAGCCGUGAUCACACAGUUUCUGCAACUCACGGGGACAUGGACCAGAACACUAGGGACAUCAUCAUGCGUGAAUUUCGGUCUGGUUCUUCCAGAGUGCUUAUCACCACUGAUCUCUUGGCUCGUGGUAUUGAUGUCCAACAAGUGUCACUUGUGAUCAACUACGACCUCCCUACUCAGCCAGAAAAUUACCUCCACCGUAUUGGACGAAGUGGACGAUUUGGAAGGAAGGGUGUGGCUAUCAACUUUGUCACCAAGGAUGACGAAAGGAUGCUUUUUGACAUACAGAAGUUUUAUAAUGUUCUAGUCGAAGAGUUGCCAGCAAAUGUCGCUGAUCUCCUGUGAUUGGGUCAAAGGCGAGUUGAAUUGUUCCUCAAUUGAAGCUCUCUACUAUUUCAUCACUUAUUUCAUAGGCUAGUUGUGUACUGGACUUGGUGUUGGGAAAUUCUGGCCUUUGUAUUUCGAUAGGGGGUUGCAGUUUCCCAAUUUGGUCACAAGUCCAAAUCUACUACUGGAAAUUUUGUUGGUUUUGUCUUUGUACUGUAAGUUUCAGAAAAGAACAAAAAAAACCCAGGAUUUGAAUGUUGUUUGAGGUUUAUUUAUUUUGUUUAAACACUUAUCUUUAUUUCUGUUUAUUGAGGGCAUUUGUUUU